UCGUGUAUCUGAUUUAGUUCCGUGUGUAAACAACAUUCACAGUGUACCGACUCUAUCGGGGCUGCUUCAGGACAGAAGAAUGGGAUUUGUGCGACUUUAAUCAGUGUUUUGUAAUGAUCCCCUCUUUUUUUUCUCUCCCUCUGUGCGCCUGCCUAUUAUUAGCUACGGAGGCCUUACAGUAAGUGCAAGUUGGCUCCAUGACGGUCAGAGCUGCAGCUCUGCAAGCAGCGGCAGAUUUCAGAGCAGCGGUCGGGCUCCCAGCGCUGCAGUCGCCUUUAUAUGCACUGAUCCAGAGGGGCUUUUCACAUAAACGUCAGCGCUCGGUCGGCUAUUUUCCAAGCCUCGGUGGGAUCACCUUGCCCCGAAGAUGAAGCUGAAUACUAGCAGCCGUCAGGUGCGAACCGCAUCCGAUGGAGCCCCGCUUUCCGACUCGCUCAUCGACCAACCUAAUGCAGCACUUCCUUUUGUUGCGGUCCCAGUUGACAGAUACUGAUAUGGACUAUGAGAGGCCAAACGUUGAAACUAUCAAGUGUGUGGUGGUGGGAGACAAUGCAGUUGGAAAGACCCGCCUUAUCUGCGCCCGGGCCUGCAAUGCCACACUCACUCAGUACCAGUUACUUGCUACUCAUGUGCCCACAGUUUGGGCAAUCGAUCAGUACAGAGUAUGCCAAGAGGUGUUAGAGCGCUCCAGAGACGUAGUGGACGAUGUGAGUGUGUCCCUCCGGCUAUGGGAUACUUUUGGAGAUCAUCAUAAGGACCGGCGUUUUGCAUACGGCAGGUCUGAUGUUGUGGUACUGUGCUUCUCCAUCGCGAACCCCAACUCUCUGUACCACGUAAAGACCAUGUGGUACCCUGAGAUUAAGCACUUCUGUCCCCGCGCUCCUGUCAUCUUGGUAGGGUGCCAGCUGGACCUGCGCUAUGCAGAUCUGGAGGCAGUCAACAGGGCACGGAGGCCUUUGGCCAGACCUAUAAAAUCCAAUGAGAUUCUUCCACCAGAGAGAGGAAGGGAGGUAGCCAAAGAGCUGGGCGUCCCGUAUUAUGAAACCAGUGUUGUUGCUCAGUUUGGUGUCAAGGACGUCUUUGACAACGCCAUCCGAGCUGCUCUCAUCUCUCGCCGCCAUCUGCAGUUUUGGAAAUCUCACCUCAGAAAUGUCCAGCGGCCUCUGCUCCAAGCGCCCUUCCUCCCCCCAAAGCCUCCCCCACCUAUCAUCACUGUGCCACCUCCCCCCUCCACCACAGAAGAGCACCCGGUCGGUCUUCUGGAGGACCCACACUGUGCUGAUGUUAUUCUGGUCCUUCAGGAGCGACAGAAAAUCUUUGCACACAAGAUAUACUUGGCAACAUCCUCCUCAAAGUUUUAUGACCUGUUUAGUAUGGACACCCAAAAUGAGGAGACUGAACGGCCCCCGCGCGGCCCUCUCUCCGGCAGAGAGCUGCUGAUGCGUGCUGCUAGCUUUGAUGUUUGUGAGAGCAGCGACGACGGAGACAGGGCCAACCUGCGGGCGUGCACGAGUGACGGGACUUUGAAGGACUCUGAGGGCACCCGACGCGGCAAACUGCUCUCCUCAUGGAGUCGAGCCUUCGUCAGCAUUCAGGAAGAGCUGGUGGACGACCCUGUGACGUACACCCCGAGAUUCAUGACCGUAGUACACAUGGACCUGUCGAUCCAGCUCGGGCCUUUUCGAGCAGUGCUUCGCUACCUGUACACCGGUCAGCUGGAUGAGAAUGAGAAAGAACUCAUGCAGAUUGCACACAUUGCUGAGCUGCUGGAGGUCUUUGAUCUGCGGAUGAUGGUGGCAAACAUACUUAACAACGAAGCCUUCAUGAACCAGGAAAUCACCAAAGCCUUCCAUGUACGCCGCACAAACAGAGUAAAAGAGUGCUUGGCUAAAGGCACCUUUUCUGACGUGGUGUUCAAGCUCGAUGAUGGGACGAUCAUGGCCCACAAGCCUUUGCUCAUCUCUAGUUGUGACUGGAUGGCAGCUAUGUUUGGUGGACCUUUUGUUGAGAGCUGCACGAAAGAGGUGUUGCUUCCCAACACGACCCGGAGCUGCAUGCGAGCUGUGCUGGAGUAUCUCUACAUGGGUAGAUUCUGCUCUCGGUCGGACUUGGAUGCAAUGGAGCUCAUUGUUCUUGCCAACCGUCUUUGCCUCCCCCACCUGGUCGCUCUCACAGAACUCUACACAGUAACAGUUUUGACGGAGUCGGCGAUGAUGGGGACGGAUAUUGACGGCGAUGUGCUGAUAUACUUGGAUAUGGCCCAGUUCCACGGAGCCCAGCAGCUGACUGGAUGGUGUUUGCACCACAUCUGCACCAACUACAACAGUGUCUGCCGCAAGUUUCCACGUGAAAUGAAGGCAAAGUCCACAGAGAACCAAGACUACUUUGAGAAACAUCGCUGGCCACCAGUUUGGUACUUGAAGGAAGACGACCACUACCAAAGAGCACGCAAAGAGCGUGAAAAAGAGGACUACCUGUACCAGAGACGGCAAUGUAAACGCAAGUGGCUCUUCUGGAACCUUCCUUCCUCCCCAAACUCAAACUCACCCUCCGGAUCAUCUGCCAUUAUUUGACCAGGUGGUAAGGGCGGGGUCCAGUCUGGAGUCCAUCUGUAUGUUUGCAAAUCGUAAAGAACACAGUAGAAGAUAAGCACUGACAGCUUGGUAUACUCCAAACAUUCAGGCAGACCGUUUAUCCUCCCUGCCUCCGUGGGCAAACACUCCAGGUUUGCAAAGUCAGCUCAGAGUUGUGAAUAAAUUUAUAAGUAUUACUCCUUACAAUUUCAGCUGUUUGUCUGCUAAGCUCAAACCUCCGUAGUGUAAACCGUCUUGACUUAUGGCACAGUAGAACAAGUGCAAAGAUCAGAUCUUGUGGAUUGCCAAAUAUUCCCAUAUUAGAAUUUUAUGUUUAUUAAAUUUCAAAUUUGCCAGCACAGAACUUUCAACCUGUGGCUAUAAAUAAAUAUCAAUAAUCUGAACUGACAACUAAGUGCUGCUUACCAGCUGUGACAACCAGCAAUUCAACAGUAACUCAAGCCUCAGAGAUAUAACACUUUGCUCUUAAGUGCUUGUACAAUCUGCCAGACCGCAUCUUGAUUAUGAUUUCAAACUGGAGAUAACAAAAUACAGCUUGGCUGGAAAGAGCAAACUACAGUAAUUCAUUUGGAAGUUUCUAUGACGAUCAUGUCUGCAAAAAAAAACAUAAAAAAACAAACCUGGUAUUUUUGUAUGUUUAUUCAACUUUGCAGAAUUUGUACAAUAAGCUUGCACAGCUUAAUCUGGGAUCUCUUGACACACGUACCACCUACAUAUCGUGAUCUUUUGGUCUGUGGCUUUUUGUCACAAAAGGGCUUAAGUUCACAUGAAUGGAUACAGUGUCAUCUGACACAAAGGAUUCCUGGUUCGAGUUGCUUCAUUCUUUCAAUUGCCCCUGAAUGCAGCUGUCACCACUGCUAUUCUAAAUGGGUUUGCUCAAUGUGGAUUAAUAGCACACAUGUUUAACUACAUGUCUCCAUAAAAUACUUCUGUCAUUUUUACUGCUGUCAUCCUAAAAAGCAACAGAUAAUGUAUUAAUCGUCAGAGCUGACGUGAUUGUAUUGUUACUGUAUUUGUCUGUGGUGGUAACUUGUUUUUAAGAGAUUUGCCCUCUGAAUGUGAUCGGAAAUCUGUACACGGCAGAGUCUGUGGGUGUCAGUCGUCGUGUUAGGGGAUGGGUUAGGAGUCAUCUUACUACUGGAUUAUCUAAUCCCUACUUUUCAACAUCACCACAAGCACUUUCUGAACUCCAGAGAGAAACAUAUGAACUUCCAGUGGCAGCAUACUGCUGAGCAGCAUUAGACUGUAUUGUGCUAUGUCAAGACGGGCUGCAGAGGAAACAAACUGCAGCGACAUUUAAAGUCGCUCAAUUCUGUUUGUGAUUAUCAAAUCAUCUUUCUGGAUUUGUUUUGCACACCUUGCUUUAUGUCAUGUUCAAGUUUGUCAUCUGCUGUUGCUCUUGAUUGUACGAUGGGCUGCAGAAUGUUUCAGAUUUUCAGGCGUGGUGCUCAGAGAGGAUGGGUAGUAUUGUAAAUUGUAUUAAAUAUCAGAUAAACUCUAAUGUACUGCUGUUACCUAAUAUUGUGCACUGCUGGCAGUGAGCAAAAUCUUACUGUAUUACUCAGUAAAACUGAAAAUAGACUUAUCGGAAUUGUUUUUAGUUACUGUGCAGCUACUUACUGAUGUUUGAAAUAACUGAAUACUUAAUUGUGCUGAUUCCAGCUACAUCUGUUACAUACUUUACUGUACAUGCAAAUUAUAGACAGGUAAAUGUAACAAUUAUACUGUAUGUAAAAUAGAGUUUGAAAGUAAAGUAGAUAUUCACAUAUACGAAUUAUAUCAUGAAAAUGUACGUUACAUCCUCAAAUCAUGAUCUGGUUAUACGAAAACAAACUUUUCAUUGCAGCAUUAGCUUACAUAGUGUCAAUUUUAUUUAAAUGUUUUCUUUAAUAUUGUAAACUACUGUUUGUUAAUUUGACUGACUGGACGUGAAGGAUCUGGCAAAAGUCUUCAUACCGCUUUUACCUUUUCACAUGUCACAUUGCAACAGACUUUAAGAUAUUUUAUUGGUAUUUAAUCCAACAGGCAGCAUGACAGUUUCUUUGAGGUGGGAAGAAACUGUCAAAAUUCUUCACAACAAACUAUUUCUUAAAAGUGUGAACCACCUUUACCUGCAGGCACAACUGCAAGUUUUUUAGGCUAUUUCUCUCAAAGCUUUGCAAACUUUUGCCUUGCUAACAUUUAAAAUUUGCUAUGAUCUUAACUAUGCUGUUGCAGCAAAUAUAAGUUGAGUUGUCAUCGUGGAGGAUGACCCUUCUAUAACAUGCUGGUUCAGUUCCCUACACGAUGAGGCAAACUGCAAACAAGACCUCUGCAGGCCUUCUUAAUGCCUCUCGUCUGUAGAAGUUAGAUUAGUAAAAUGAAUUUAUAAUAGUUGUUCUGCUGACAAAUGCUUCCACCUAAGUUGUUGAUCUCUGCAGCUUCUAUGGAGUCAUCAUUGGCCUCUUUGCUGCUUUUUUGAUUAAUGUCCUCCUUUCUGUUUGUCAGCUGCAUCUUGGUACUUGUGAACUUGUUCCACACUGUUUCCAUUUUCAGAUGUUGGAAAAAAAAAAUUAUUAUAGGGUGUUACACAGAGGUAGAUUUUGACAGUACCAUACUUGUUUGUACCAGAUUUUAUUUUGUGGUAUUAGUAACGAGAAGGAUAUAAAUGCAUUCAAAUUUUGAAAAGCAUAUUCCAUUUUCCUUCCACUUAACAGCCCCUGUUAUGUUUGUACUUGUUAUGUGGAGGGACUGUGGUUGCAAUGUGAAAGGGGUAUGAACACUUUUCAUGGCACUGUACAUUCAGACCCCCAUAAAAAAACAAGAGAUGAUUUACUUAGUAAUAAAACCUUGCUUGUAUUUACUGCUGACCUUAUAAAUAAACAGCAUAAACAGAUUGUCAAAAUAGAAAACUUGAUAGCUUUUAAAAUGUACUAUGUUAGAUAAGAGGUGAGGUUGGUGCUCUAAGUAGCAACUUUAUGUAAUUUCCAGGUUAGCUAAUGCUAAUUGACAAUGUUUCUUUGUAUUUUUAUUAAUGUAAACAUAUUUUGGCACAGUUUCUUGAUUGGAAACAAUGUAGAGCUGAACUUUUAGUAAUUCUGGAUGUUGUAAACAUUUUCAGUUAUAUUUAGUAGGUCAACUGCUGGAAGGUCUAUAAUUUCAUGUAAUUUGCCUUUACAGUGUGACUGCACAUUUUCAUCGACAUGCAUUUCAUUCCUCGGUGCAUUGCAUUUCUCAGUGAUUCUUCUGUUGAUGUUUUGCAUCAACAACACCUCAUGCCUUAAUGUACAGUGUACUGUUGUGUUUGGUAAUGAAUGUAACGUCAUGUAACUGUGGUCACCAACUUGUUCGCUGUUAUCUUAAGCUGCCUGGUGCUCCCUGGUGUGUAUCUGUAAAUGUGCACAACCCAUAAUUUGGAUUUAAAGUCUGAAGUUUCAUUAGUUACUUGAGUUUGAAUAUUGCAAUACUAAAACCAGAAAUACGAACCUACUUUAAUAUCUUUACUCACUAAGGCCAGACUUUGAUGACAAAUCUGCAAAUUGUGACACUAACAAUGAAAUGAAUGCAGGGAUUUCACAUUCAUUUCACAAUUUUAAAGCUUCCUUACAAAGCUCCUACUUUUGUGUCUGCGUAGAUACAAAAUAUAAAAAAUCUAUGGAAAAAGAAAUUCAAAAUACAAAUGUUUGUUCUGGAAUUCAAACGUUGCGUACCACAGCUUUUCGCAUUAGAGCAAUUUAAUACAGUACCUGUUUUGUACUAUGCAUAUAGAAAUACAAACUUGCACUGCUUUGUAGCACAGGUUUUCUUCAAAUUGCAACAUCAUUAGGCAAAUGAAAACCAGGUAAUAAAGAUAUCAGAUUAGAUAAAUUAUAAAGAGGCUGUCAGUCACCGGGGCCCUAUUCCAUACGUUUGGGUGCUAUAUUUCAGCUACAGAAAAGCACAAACCAAAGGGAGCUUUAGGAGCACCAGAAAUAUGUAGUAUAUGCUGCACAAUCACUACUGCAUAGUAUAUGAGGCCUUGUUCCGAAACGGUAGAAAGGCAAAUUUGAAACAUGAACAGAAAAAGAAAAUCUACAUAUAUGAAUGUGUUCUCAGUGUUUGAAGCCUGGUUGACAUUUUAUGUGAUCUCCAGGUGUGUAUUUUUUUUUUUUUUUUUUGCUGUCGAGCUGUUUUUAUGGUUUAGGAGCUGCAAAUCUUUAAAAAAGAAAAAAAAAAGAAUCUGUAGCAUGUGUUCUUGAAAGUGUGUAUAUAACAUUUAAAUAAAGAAAAAUCUACAUGUGCACAUGUUCAGUGCGGG